AUGUCUAGGUCGGUUUCUCCAAAGGUUAGGGCUCUGGUGGAUCGGAUUAUUCGAGUUGAUCAUGCAGGAGAGUUAGGUGCCAAUAGAAUAUACCAAGGACAGCUCAUGGUACUUGGGAAAUCGAGUAUAGGCCCUAAAAUAAAGGAAAUGCAUGAUCAAGAAGUGGAACAUUUUAAAAAAUUCCAGGAACUUAUUCCUAUUCAUAGAGUUAGACCUACAUUACUUUUGCCUUUGUGGAGCAUUGCUGGUUUACACUAG